AAGGCCGCUUCUGUGGGGGAGGAGUCCAGCCUGCUCGGAUCCCCCCGCAUAUUAUGUGCCCUCGCAGCGGCUGACUGUAGGCAGUGAGUCAGAGGGGUGUUGCCCAGGACUCAAAUACGCAGACGCCCAGCCCUAGCGACACUAUUUCUUUCUGCAGCUAAAUCUCUCCCAUUCCCCCGAAGUUUUUAGUUUUGUUGCGGCUCCUGCUCUCACACACUCGAAACAGCAAACGCGAGGAAGGAUGGUGCACCACCCCGAAUUUGAAGGUGCUGGUCAGCAGCCGGGUCUGCAGGUGUGGCGGGUGGAGAACUUCAAACUAGUGCCCGUCCCCGAGAACCUCCAUGGAGGGUUCUACACUGGCGACGCCUACGUCAUCCUCAACACCAUCAAGCAACGCUCAGGACAACUGCAAUACGACCUGCACUUUUGGCUGGGUGACCACUGCACGCAGGAUGAGAGUGGGUCAGCGGCCAUCUUUACCGUGCAGAUGGAUGACCAUCUCGGAGGGAAGCCCAUCCAGUACCGCGAGGUUCAGGGCCACGAGUCCAAGACCUUCCUGGGCUACUUCAAGAAGGGACUCACGUACAUGAAAGGAGGAGUGGCAUCUGGAUUCAAACACGUGGUCACCAACGAGGUUGUUGUGCAGCGUGUGCUCCAGGUCAAAGGUCGCCGCGUUGUCAGGGCCACAGAGGUGGCAGUCAGCUGGGACAGCUUCAACACUGGAGACUGCUUCAUCCUGGACCUGGGCAGUGAGAUUUACCAAUGGUGUGGUUCCAAAAGCAACCGCUUUGAGAAGCUAAAGGCCACUACGGUCGCCAAGGGCAUCCGAGACAAUGAGCGCAGUGGACGAGCACGAGUGUAUGUGUGUGAUGAGGGGAGCGAAAGGGAGAAGAUGAUUGAGGUUUUGGGGCCUAAGCCAGACUUGCCUGAGGGAGCCUCCGAUGACAUCAAAGCAGACGCGUCCAACAGGAAGCGCGCCAAGCUUUACAAGGUGUCCGACGCCACCGGGGACAUGGCCAUUGCUCUGGUGGCGGCUGAGAACCCGUUUUCCCAGAGCGCCCUGGAGUCCAGCGACUGCUUUAUCCUGGACCACGGCUCCGACGGCAAGAUCUUUGUCUGGAAAGGAAAGGAUGCCAACAUGGACGAGCGCAAGGCUGCUAUGAAGGCGGCGGACGAGUUCAUCAAGAAGAUGGGCUACCCCAAGCACACGCAGGUGCAGAUCCUGCCCGAGCACGGUGAGACGCCGCUCUUCAAGCAGUUCUUCAAGAACUGGCGCGACAUGGACCAGACCGAGGGCCUGGGCGUGGCCUACAUCUCCAACUCCAUCGCCAAGAUUGAGAAGGUGCUCUUCGAUGCCGCCACACUCCACGAGUCGCCCGCCAUGGCUGCGCAGCACGGGAUGAUCGACGACGGCAACGGAGAGAAGCAGAUCUGGCGUAUUGAGGGCUCCGACAAGGCUCCAGUUGACCCAUCUACCUAUGGGCAGUUCUAUGGAGGAGACAGCUACAUCAUCCUCUACAACUAUCGUCAUGGAGGACGUCAAGGACACAUCAUCUACAUUUGGCAGGGAAUGGACUCCUCCCAAGAUGAGAUUGGUGCAUCAGCGAUCUUGGGUGCCCAGCUUGAUGAUGAACUCGGAGGAGGACCUGUCCAGGUUGCUGGUGCCCAUCUUACCACACAGGUGCGUGUGGUCCAGGGCAAAGAGCCUGCCCACAUGAUGAGUCUGUUCGGGGGGCUGCCCAUGGUGGUGCACAAGGGGGGCACGUCCAGGGACGGAGGGCAGUCGGCCCCCGCAGACACGCGCCUCUUCCAGGUGCGCUCCAACUCGACUGGACACACGCGUGCUGUGGAGGUUGAUGCUGCAUCUUCCAACCUGAACUCGAACGACGCGUUCGUCCUGGUGACCCCGGGGGGAGCGUUCGUGUGGGUGGGCCAGGGGGCCAGCGACCCAGAGAAGCAGGGCGCCCAGCAGCUGUGUGGCAUCCUGGGGGUGUCUGCCUCCGAGCUGCCCGAGGGAGGAGAGAGUGAUGACUUCUGGGAGGCACUGGGAGGCAAAGCAGCGUAUCGCACCUCCACCCGUCUGAAGGACAAGAUGGACACCCACCCGCCCAGACUCUUCGCCUGUUCCAACAAGACAGGCAACUUCAUUAUUGAGGAGGUACCUGGCGAGUUGACACAGGACGAUCUGGCCACAGACGACGUCAUGAUCCUGGACACCUGGGAACAGGUGUUUGUAUGGAUCGGCAGCGAGGCCCAGGAAGAGGAGAAGACUGAGGCCAUGGCUUCCGCUUCUCGCUACAUCGAGACUGACCCUGCCAACCGCGACCGCCGGACGCCCAUUGUGAAGCUCAAGCAGGGCUUCGAGCCGCCCACGUUCACCGGCUGGUUCCUGGGCUGGGACCAUGACUACUGGACCAGCGACCCCCUGGAGCGUGCCAUGGCUGAACUUGAACUGUGAACUGUGACCUUUUAACCUUUAACCUUUUUCGCUCCACUGCCUUACCGCCCUGAGCUGAAGCCCCAGGCACUCCUGAAGGAAAACAAUAAUUAACUGCUCUCUCUGCAUGUAGCAGUUCCACACGUACAGUGGACAAUAGCCAUUUUUCUGCAUUUUUUAUUUAUGCUAGUUUGAGGCAUACUAGGUACACAGAGAAGACCUGAUCUCACCUGGUUUUUACACACACACACACACACACACACACACACACACA